AUGAUGUUCGUCUCUGGUGAGACCGCCGAGCCAUCCAUCGAGACCACCACCGUGAUCGAGGACAUCACGCGUGAGCAGGUCCUGGAAAUCCUCACUCGUGGCACGCAACUGGCGCAACGCCGCGGGUCCCGGUCAAUCUCGACGGAUGACCUGAUCUUCCUCAUCCGCCACGACAAGGCGAAGGUCUCCCGUCUCCGCACGUUCCUGUCCUGGAAGGACGUGCGCAAGAACGUCAAGGACUCUGACGACAAAGGAGGUGGCGAUGCGGCCGACUUCGCCGCCGCCGACGACGCGGCUGGUGUUGUCGCGGGCCCCUCGGAUGUCGCCUCGAAGCCCAAGAACAAGCGGGCCAAAGUGGGCCUUGCUUGGGACGUCAGCAGCUUCUUCUCGGUCCAGAUUCCCGAGCGCGACGACGAGGAGGACGAAGAGGAGGAGGAGCAGAACUAUGCGACCCUCCAGCGCCUCGCCGCCGCCGACGAGCGGACCAAGAACAUGACCAGGGAGGAGUACGUCUUCUGGUCGGAGUGCCGUCAAGCCUCCUUCACCUACCGCAAGAGCAAGCGGUUUCGCGAGUGGGCGGGCUUUGGUAUCGUCACCGAGUCCAAGCCCAACGACGACAUUGUGGACAUUCUCGGUUUCCUGACCUUCGAGAUUGUCCAGACUCUCACCGAGGAGGCGCUCAAGGUCAAGGAGCGGGAGGACCACGAGAAGAACCGUGGAGGAGCCGACACCACUGACUCUAAGAAGCGCAAACGGGAGACCGGCCUGUUCGAUCCGCCGGAGGAGGGCCGCACCCCCAUCGAGCCUCGACACAUUCGUGAGGCCUAUCGCAAGCUCCAGGCAACCCCUCAAAAGGCCAUCGCCAUGCUGCUGCAUGAAGGCCGGGUGCCCGGCAAGUUGCCCCUGACGCUGAUUUAA